UUUGAACCGACAGUCUCGGCGUGGGAGGACCAGAUUGAGCCCGCCUUGUUGCACGAACACCCAGAAAAAGGAUACGAACCGACGGCGUUUCCUGUCCGGGACAAUGGAGCGGGGACCCACACGCGCCAUACGACAGGAUCAGCCACAGAGCGUCGUUAGGGUGUCGCUUAAGUAUGAGGGCUUAGAAAAUGGAGAACAAACCCUAUCUUCAACGACCUCUCAUCAUGACCAAAAAACGAGGGGCCAAGCGUAAAUAUUUGGCUGCAGACAGGGAUUCUGGUCCUACCACGUUCGAUGCUUUCACUGAUGUCAGAAGACCUAAAAAACGUCGGAAGUUGCUUUGUGUCCUGGUUCCGUCGCUGCCAGACGAUUGGCGUCUGCCUUAUUCGAGCCCUUCAGAUACAGCCAUACCAAGGCUCGAUCCGGAUCCAAAUGCUGUAUUAGUAUGCAAAUCACACGAGGUGUAUGCGGUCGGUGAAUACCGAUGUGGACAUGUAGUGCAUCCUCUACCCAGCGUCCACCCUCACCAUCCACUGCAUUGGCUCAUUAUCUAUUCAUGUGCUUUGCUACCAUGGUUCGGCAUCGCCUUCCAUCGCGGGCUAAAAGCAUUUAUUUGCCCCACACACGAGCUGCUCGUGCCCCUCGGCGAGCUUACCACUCACAUCCUCCGAAACCACCAUAAUCUUCUUCAGCGGACUAUUCUAAUCUCAGAAGACCAAAAAUCCACAGUCGCACUUCCAGACGUGCGUCAUACAAAAAAGCUCAUGGACCAUUUCGUUCAGCAUAUCGCUGAGGCUUUCAACGUCCCCGUCACUAAAUCCUGGAACGAAGAUUUCCGGGCCACAGCCCCGAUACCAUAUCUCUCCCCACCUCGUCGUGCUCUGCGCUGUCCUGACUGUAGCCAUAUCAUCACUUCGUCAUUGUCUCCCAAAGGAGUGGAAAAGGUUAUAGCACCGCGCUCCGACCAUAUCAAGCAGAGGCACGGUCGUCGAACGACCUCGUCUGAUCGGCAUCCAGACCCCAAUGAAUACUUUUAUGCCCAGGUAUCAGGCCCAUCAUGCGGAGGAAAACGUUUGCAUUCCAAAAUUGUUCUUCACGGUUAUACUCCUCCUCCUCAGUCUGGUCCUGCAUACCAAUGUGUUCAGGUCCUGCCGUCGCUUAAACCUUCGACGGUUGGCGUCUCCACCCCUACUCCGGUCUAUGCGGAAUGGUUAGAGCAGUUAGGGUAUCCGUCGAUGUUACAGCAUGCCCUCAAGGGUUUAUCGCAAAACGAACUCUUCUCGCUAGUGAUACUCCCUAGUCUGUAUGAGACAAGAUCUCCUCCACUUCCGAAUGAAGUCCUAGUUGAAAAUGCCCUACGGCACAUAUAUCUAUUUCUCACGACCUUCAUCAAGGACGCGAACCGCUACCUUGAUUCUGCACACCCCCAGCUACGGGAUGAGAUCGGCACCCCGUCUUCUCAAUUUCGGAAUCUAAAGUAUCCCUCAGCGUAUGCAGGUAUUGUUAUGGGCCUUUUCAUUCUCCUCCUUCGUGCGACUGUUCUCAAGAAGGCUGGUAUGCCUCUUCCCUUCAAGCUCAAACUCGAUCCCCAGGAGCGUAAGGCAACGAAGCGGCUGUACCGCUAUAUAACUGAGUCUGGCAACGACCUCGACCUUGGUACUCUUCACCAAAAGACUUACAACCUUCUCAAGGCGGUCCUCAUGGCCCAGCCGUCGAUAGAGAAACGGUGGUCGACCGCUAUCGACUACGUCUUGUUUUUUGGUGCUUUUCGUCGACGGAGGACGGGGAUGCUGGAAGGAGAUUCUCCAUUCGCGAGUCCUGGUCAGUUCACUGGUGUGUGUGCGUCAUGGCAAUACGUGCUUCGGUGCAUAGCGGUUCAUAUCGUUCGGCUGGGAGACAAUUCUGUGAUUGUCGAGGAGGAAGACGAAGGUAAUUUUGAAGACGAUGAUGAUGAUAAAGAUAUUGGUAAACUUCGGGCUGACCCCGUUCCUUCGAUGCUCCAGUCACUGAAAGUCUUCAUUGCACACAAUCGCUCGGAUGACACUGUAGAACAAUCCACUUCCUUCUCUCGUGUGCGGGUGGCCUGGCAUGCUGCUCAUGUCGGGAAGCUGCAAUGUCCGCCCCCUACGCAGUCAGUUUGGGAACCCAAUGGUCAUUCCUUCACACUGCAUCGCAAGGCACGCACCAUCGAAGUCGACGUAAACCGCUUCAAGGAUGGAACAUGGAGCUUGGUCAAGUCAGUACAUCGAGUACUCGAGAAGCUCAUGCUUGAUGAUCCAGAAAGUAUUGACCUGGUUAUGACAUUCGACGUUCUUGGCCUCGAGGACAAUCCUUGCGUGCCGGUAUCUUUCAUCGCAUCAAUUACCAGUCGUAGUGCUACAGCAUCCAUUGUUGAGGUGAUCUGGGAAAAGCUUCAAGCAUACGUUUUCCAUGAUGGACCGAAGAGGAUCGAUGGAAGUCGUGUUCGCGAUUGGCUCCGAUUGGAGGAGGAACUCGUCGGCGUGCUUGUUACUCUUCAUGCUAUAACGGGUGGCAUCAACCCGCGAAGCCAGCAAAUUGCGCAGCUUGAGUUUAAUAGCUCAAUCGCCGACCAUGAUCGACACCUUUUCCUCCUGAACCGAGACCUGGUGGUCGCCUUUUCGCCAAGCAAGAACCCACGGAAACAAGGGGAAAAGUCUGGCAGUGUACAUUUUCUUCCCUCAGUCGUGGCCCAGCUUCUCAUCGUUUUUUUGAUAUUCGUUCGGCCUUUGAAGACGCGAUUACUGAUGGCUCGUGGUUCGGUAAAGCUACCGGGUUUUCUCCAGACUCGUAUUUACCUCGACACUCACGGAUACCCAUACUCGGGCGCUCAGCUCGACAAUAUCAUUAGAGAUCAUCUCGGAAAACACUUUGGCAUGUACGCCAACACACUUGACCUCCGGCAAAUCUUCUCGUCCAUCAAGAAUAAAUAUUUCGGUGGUCUUUUCCUUGUCCCGGAGCAGAGUGCUGUCCAUGCGCAAGCUGAUCAUUCUGGUUACGUUGAUCGUUCGCAUUACGGCAGGAAUUUUACUCGAAGCAAGUUUAGUCUGUCUACGGAGGACAUUGAGCAUUUUUAUCGGCUGAGCCGGCUCUUCCAUGGUGUGAUGGGGCUCAUACCGUUAGAGCCUGAGAUGUCUGCGCUUCGGUCUCCUGUCCCGGUGCUCAUUCGGCGGGAGAGAGAGCAGCUUGCUGCGGAGCGUUGCCAUCGCUUGGUGUUAUAUCAUUAUCGUCUUGCGGUUGGAGAGAAUUCUGAUGUUAUGCUUUCUCGAAUAAUGGAACUGAUUGAGCAAAAGCCGUACUUGGGUAACUAUCAUGACAAGCACUGGAGUAGACUUGGAGAUCCUGUUCUGCAUGGUGUAACCUCAGCUGUAUGCCGUGGUGCCUCGAAGGCUAGGUCUGGGGAUGUUGAUCCUUUUCACGCAGCUUCGACUCAAGACAUAGCAUGUGCCAUUGCUAUUAUUGAACUUACACUUUUGGAAUUUAAGGCAAUGGCUGAGACGGGAUCCGAUAGUUUUAAUAGCAUUGACUUGGAUAGCCUGACUUAUCAUACGGCCGUAAAGGGAGCUGAGGAGGAGAUUUCGAGAUUUCAGGAAUGGAAUCUAGAGACUGUACGUAGUCCAUCAUUUUGAUAACUGUAGGUAAUCCGUUAGAACGGAGAAACGACGAAUACAAAGUAUGUCCCGAUGCGAAACAAGAC